CACACUAUUUCGUUGUUUCGGUCGCCGGCGGUCCAAGCAGUGCCUGCUACGCCGUCCGUUUGCGGAGGCAUGCUGUUUGCGUCACCCGUUCCUUCUUUGUCGUCUGACUUCGUCAGCCAAUGUGAUACUCCACCACAGAACAACAGUCGUCGUUGUGAAUUAAGCGAAACGCCUUGUCCUGCAAGCCAACGAACGCAUAGCAACAGCAACAUUCCACGGCGGAAAAGUCGGCCGCUUCUAUAUCUCAAAGCUGAUCAGGUUGUACCUGACAGUUCAAACAGUCAUGAUCCAAUCGCUGUAUCACAAGGGACCGACUGGAAGAACCCAACUGAAAUCAAUCUUGAUGCUGAGGACCUCGCAAAACCACUAGACGAGUUCUUGGGCCACGACGACAUUUUCUCCCAACUACUAAAUGCCAAAGAAGAAUAA